GCUUUUUUUGGGGGUCACUUUAUAUCCAGAAAUGACAAGCAUUUUUCACCAAUUCCCUUAUUAACAGAGCAAUCACAUUUGGUUGUCCUAAUGUUCCAUCAUUUAUGAUUUCAAACUCGAUUUGUCGGUAAAAGAAUACAGUAACAAUGGAAUGCAUUUGGAAUUCCAUCCAUCCAUUUUCUAUACUGCUUAUUGUCAGUAGGUCAAUCGCAGGUGUGCUUGAGCUCUACUCUGCACCGGUUGUCAGCCAAUCGCAGCGCAGAGGCAACUGUGUAUAAUACGAUGAUGAGAUAUUGAGAUAUUGUAGGACCAUCAAGCCUUUACUACUGUAACGUGGGCCGCAAUGAAAACGGAGUUUGACGCCCUUGCUCUAAAUUGUCCUUCGACGUGAACGUGAGAGUCAAUCGUCGUGUUUGUGAUGCAGAUGAUCGGCCGGCAACAGCGACAGCUCCUCCACAAUGACGGCAAUUGCAGCAUAUUACAAAUUGGAAUCCAAGUGGUUAUGGUGACGAGCAUUCCACUCAAAUCUUUCACAUAGGAACACAAAAAAAAAACUUGCUUGAAUGGCAACUUCACAAGUGAUUAGUAAUUCCGAAUUGCCAAGCUAUAGCAGCAACGCUUGAACCUGGCUCAAAUGUGUCGAGUGUGCGCGCGCGCGUGCGCGUGCCACCCAGUCUCGCCUUGCGGAGGUCGCCGUAAGUCUAUCGGUCCGUUUCGGUCGCCUCUGAGCGAGUGUGCAGGCGAGAAGAAGCCAUGGCCCUGCUACUGGAGCACCAGUUCAGAGCACUGCCGGCUGACAGGCACGUGGAAACCAGAGCUUUUCUCGAGGCUGCGUCCUACCUUCCGCCGUUCUUUGACUGCCUCGGCCCGACCGUCUUCGCGCCCAUCAAGUCUGACAUAUUAGCCAAUAUUACAAUGCAUUUGUGGUCAAAUGUUCAGAAAAUCAAGGCAGUCUAUGACACCAACCCGGGACGCUUCAGGACCCUUCAACAGAUUUUGGAGGUUGAGAAGGAAAUGCAUGGAUCGCAAUGGCCCAAAGUCGGAGCCACGUUGGCACUCAUGUGGCUGAGAAGGGUCCUACGCUUUGUCCAAGUGUUCCUUCAAAGCCUGCUUGAUGGGGAGAAGGAUGAACACAACCCCAACCUCAUUCGAGUCAAUGUGACCAAAGCGUAUGAAUUGACAUUGAAGCCAUCUCAUAGUUGGUGGCUCCAACAGCUUUUCAAGGCGGCUCUAUUUGCGGCCCCUUACAGAUCGGACUUCCUGAAGGCGCUCUCCAAAGGCCGGGAAGUCAAGGAAGAGGAGUGUCUGGAGAAAGUCAAGAAAUUCCUGAUCAACUUCUCCGCCACCGUCGAUGUUCUUUACGAGCUGUAUCAUAAAACGAACGCUGAUCUUGACGACAGAGUCUGAGCGCGUUCAAACCGCUUGGCCUUCACUGAUGUGCUUUGUUGACACUCGACACCGUCUUCAUUCUUACAGAUGUACCGUCGGUGCACUUUGGCGUCUUUUUGCCGAUGCUUUCACUGCACAUAGUUGACGCGAUGGUAGACUCGCAACGCUAUUGUUAUCCACAUCCACUGAAUUGAAUAAAUGAUUAUUGCAAAAUCUCACCGGUUGUGUGAAUGUUCGCCCAGUCGACGCUCAUACAAUAUCAAAUGUCUACGGUAAAAACGAGUUAAUAAGGACUCUAAUGUGUGCUUUAGUGUUCCAAACAGCCUGCAAAUGAACAUUUUGCACUCUUUCAAAAUGUUCGGGUAAAUCCCCAACGCAUCAAAUUGCUCCCUCUGUGUGAAUUCGAAUUGCUUGUAGCAUACCCAGUGUGUAAACGCAUGUUAAAUGUUUGCAUCACU